AUGGGCCAGGUGCAAAGCCAAUGCAAGGAUGAAUCAAAUCAAGUUCUUAUUCUUCAAGAGGUAACCAUUUUGAGUGACAGUCAUUCAAUCCCUGGAUUAAUCCUAUCAGGCUUUCCUCCAGAAAAACCUAAAAACCUGAAUUGCAUUGUGAAUGGGGCGAAGAGUAUGAUGUGUCAGUGGGAUCCUGGAAGGGAGACAUACUUGGAAACAAACUUCACUUUGAAAUCUGCAUGGGCAACAAGCCAGUUUGCUGACUGUAGAGCAAAACGUGACACCCCAAACUUUUGCCUCGUUGAAUACGUACCUGUGUUUUUUGUCAACCUUGUAGUCUGGGUGGAAGCAGAGAAUGCCCUUGGGAAAGUCACAUCCGAUCAUAUCAAUUUUGAUCCUGUAGAUAAAGUGAAGCCCAGUUCUCCUCGUAAUUUAUCUGUGAGCAACUCAGAGGAACUGUCUACUAUCUUAAAAUUAACAUGGAUCAAUCCAAGUGUUGAAGAUGUUAUAAGACUGAAAUACAAUAUUCAUUAUAAGACCAAAGAUGCCUCAACUUGGAGCCAGAUCCCUCCUGAAGAUACGGUCUCCACUCGAUCUUCAUUCACUGUCCAGGACCUUAAGCCCUUCACAGAGUAUGUGUUUAGGAUUCGCUGUAUGAAGGAAGAUGGGAAAGGCUAUUGGAGUGACUGGAGUGAAGUUGCAAGUGGAAUCACAUAUGAAGACAGACCAUCCAAAGCACCGAGUUUCUGGUUUAAGAUAAAUUCAUCUAAAACUCUUGACUAUAGAUCUGUACAGCUUAUGUGGAAGACAUUGCCUCCUUUUGAAGCCAAUGGGAAAAUCUUGGAUUAUGAAGUGACUCUUACAAAAUGGAAAUCACGUCUACAAAAUUACACAGUUAAUGACACAAACUUGACAGUAAACCUCACAAAUGAUCGCUAUAUAGCAACUCUAGCAGCAAGAAAUCUGGUUGGCAAGUCAGACGCAGCAGUGUUGACCAUCCCUGCCCGUGACUUUCAAGCUUCUCAUCCCGUAAAGGAUCUGAAAGCGUUCCCCAAAGAUAAUAAGCUUUGGGUAGAGUGGACGUCUCCAAGUAAAUCUGUGAAGAAAUACAUACUUGAAUGGUGCAAGCUGUCAGACACAUCGCCCUGUGACCCAGACUGGCAGCAGGAGGAAGGCACUGUACACAGCACCUAUUUAAGAGGAAACCUAAAGGAGAGCAUAUGCUAUUCCAUCACCGUGACUCCGGUGUAUCAGAACGGACCAGGAAGCCCUGAGUCUACCAAGGCAUACCUUAAACAAGCUGCACCUUCUAAAGGACCUACUGUUCGGACAAAGAAAGUGGGGAAAAACGAGGCUGUGUUAGAGUGGGAUCGGCUUCCUGUUGAUGUUCAGAAUGGAUUUAUUAGAAAUUACACUAUAUUUUAUAGAAGCAGCGCUGGGAAUGCAACAGUGGUGAAUGUGGAUUCCUCCCACACAGAAUACACACUGUCCUCUCUGACUAGUGACACUCUAUACAUGGUCCGAAUGGCAGCAUACACAGAUGAAGGUGGCAAGGAUGGCCCAGAAUUCACUUUCACCACACCCAAGUUUGCUCAAGGAGAAAUAGAAGCCAUAGUUGUGCCUGUCUGCUUAGCAAUCCUAUUGACAACUCUUCUGGGAGUAUUGUUCUGCUUUAAUAAGCGAGACCUAAUUAAAAAACACAUCUGGCCCAAUGUACCUGAUCCUUCAAAGAGUCAUAUUGCUCAGUGGUCACCUCACGCACCACCAAGGCACAACUUCAGUUCAAAAGAUCAAAUGUAUUCUGAUGGCAAUUUCACUGAUGUAAGUGUUGUAGAAAUAGAAGCAAAUGACAAAAAGCCUUUCCCAGAGGAUCUGAAAUCUUUGGACCUGUUCAAGAAGGAAAAAAACAGUACGGAAGGCCACAGCAGUGGUAUUGGCGGAUCUUCAUGCAUGUCAUCUUCUAGACCAAGCAUUUCUAGCAAUGAUGAAAAUGAGUCUUCACAGAACACAGCCAGCACUGUCCAAUAUUCUACCGUGGUGCACAGUGGCUACAGACACCAGGUUCCAUCAGUACAAGUCUUCUCAAGAUCUGAGUCCACCCAGCCCCUGUUAGAUUCAGAAGAACGGCCAGAAGAUCUACAGUUGGUAGACAGCUUAGACAGCGGAGAUGGCAUUUUGCCCAGGCAACAGUAUUUCAAACAGAACUGCAGUCAGCCUGAAACCAGUCCAGACAUUUCACAUUUUGAAAGGUCAAAGCAGGUUUCUUUAGGCGGUGAGGAAGAUUUUGUUAGACUUAAACAGCAGCAGAUUUCAGAUCAUAUUUCACAGUCCUGUGGAUCCGGGCAAAUGAAAAUGUUUCCAGAAGUUUCUGCAGUAGAUGCUUUUAGCCCUGGGACUGAGGGACAAGUGGAGAGAUUCGAGCCGGUUGGAAUGGAAGCUGUGAUAGAUGAAGAAAUAUCUAAAAGUUACUUACCACAGACUGUAAGACAAGGUGGCUAUAUGCCCCAGUGAAAGUCUAGUAAAGCUAAAAUAUUUCAGAUACAAAAAAAUCUUCACUCCCUGAAGAUGAUCAGUUGCCUUCAAAGACACGCUCUCCCCUGGGCCAUUGUCAUUCCAGAAUGUCUGAGAUUCUACUUUAAGCACUACAGAAACUAACUUUUUCCUCUGGAUAGCUGAAUGACUUUGUGCUGUCUCAGGAUGCUUGCACUGAAAAGAAACAGAAAGCAUGUCCGGAAGUUGGUGAAGUAGAGCCUCGCUUUGCUACACAGAAAACAGGGUAUUUAAACAACGAGCAGCAGGCACAGCUCUGAUGGUUUGAAGGGAAAAGCCAUCACAAUAAAUGGCUUAGGGAUGAGCAAUAGAAGAAAAAGGUGCAGUACAGAACUCUGCUUCAGCUGACUUCCUUCAUGGAAGAAGAGACCACAGGGCAUGAAAAGCUCUGCCCAGCUUUGGAGAGCUAAUGAGAAAUGGUGGGGAGGUUCAUUUAUUGGUCUACCAUCAUUCAAAUUAUGCCUUACUUUUUUUCUGUGGGUAUCAGUUGUUACUAGAGCAAAGGAGUUAUAGAGCUUAAACUUUGAAAAAACAACAUGUUUUAAAUAUUACAUAAUCAAACUCGCAAUUCAACUUGUUUAAAUUUGCUUUUUAUUCUCAAUAGGCUCUUUGCAGAUCCAUUUUCCAAACCCAGCAGUUGCCCUGGCAGGAGCUAGGAACACACGCCAUCAGCUAUCUCAAACAGCUCCACAAUAAUUGUCUAUUUUUAAAGGUUCACUUGGUAUUUUUCUAUAUAUAAAUAUCUACAUGCAUAUAUACAUACAUAUACACAUAACAUGUACAUAUAUAACUGACACAUACAUCCAUGCAUAUAUCAUUGACCCUUGUUAAGACUUUAGGGAAUUUGGUUGACAGACUACUUUAUACACGUCAUCAGCUUAAAAUGUAGUAGAAUUGAACAUACCUUGUUUUGAUAAGUAUGCCAAGGUUUAAAUUUUCUAAGGUAUUUGAAGCAAACCAAUAGGGCAGUAUCCAUUACAACAAAAACAGAAUCCCAGGGUUGUACAUACUGAUCUCAGUAGAUCUCACAGCCAGUAUCUUCACUGUAGACAUCUAAUAAAGAGAUAGGGUUUGGGUUUUUCUUUGUUUGUAUGAUAUUGGUUUUCUUUUGUGUUGUUUUUUUUUUGCAGAGGUGGGG